CUUCAAGUCGCGCGGUAUUCGUAAUCAGAAGAUUCCCACGCAUGCUAUUCUGAAUACUCCCCCAGUACAUAAGGCACCUUCUGGUUUGACGUAAACCACAAGAACAUAUAGCGUUCAUCGCAGUACUAAUAAUGAACCUAAAGAAAGCCAGGGAGUUCUACCAGGCUGAGAAGUUCGAAGAGUGUUAUAAGCUUACUACUGAACUGUUGGUUAAUUCACGGGAUUAUGCAACAUUGGUUAUGCAUGGAGCCUGUUGUUCUCGGCUUGAAAACGAAAAAGAAGCGAUGGAAUCAUAUUUCUCAGCGCUUUCGAUUGAUGCUACUAACAACAUGGCUUGGGUUGGUCUUUAUAGUGAAACCAAGAAGAGAAUGGAAAAACAUCAAAGAAUUCUCCUUAAAGUAUGCAUAGAGCUUAUCGGAAGGUGCUCAAAGUCAGACUCUACGGGAAAAUAUCUCGAGUACGCAAAAACUCUUGUUCAGGUUGUCGUUCAGUUUCGAAUGCCAUUACCUUUUGGUUUUAAUGAAUUCAGUGAUAUAUGCGAAUUUGUUCUUGAGCAUGAUCCAGAGAAUAUAGAUGCUAUAGAAGCUACUUUUCGUUUACAAAUCGAAUAUUUCUUAUUCAAUGGAUUUCCUGAAUUUAUUGAUCGGAGUUUAUGUAUUACAUCGAAAUUUGAGAAUUUCACGCAACAUUCAAGCAUACACUGGAUAAAAUCGUCAACUAUCUACAUUGAACGAUUAAAACAAUUUGAACGAUUGUUAGAAACAGCGCAACAUUCGACCAAUGAGAAUAAAACAGCACAUAUUAUUACAUUGUGUUUAAGUCAAUUGUUGUAUCGUUUAUUCAGUUAUUUCAUUCCAAAUUAUGCACCAGCCGAUAGUGUUGAUGAUAUUACAAUUUCUAGCAAUCAAUAUGACAAAAUACAUUCGGACUUAUGGAAUGAUAUUCAAAGCAAUAUUGACAAACUCGAUUUCAAUGGAGUUGUUGGAUUUAAUAACUUGUUAAAACAUGGACUCAUCGAUUAUCAUGCUGGACUUUUGUAUGCAUUGGCUGCGUUUAAAUUAAAUCAAUUCGAUGAUUGCGGUGCAAUCAUUACUACAUUAAUAUCUUUAAUUGAUAGAAAUUGUAAACAAUUUAAUACAGAAUCUGACAUUUUAUCUCAACCUAUAUUGGAAUUGAAUAAAUAUUCAUCAAAUCCAAAUGACUCUCAACAAUGCACACUAUGUACACCGUUUCGUUUAAAUUUAAAUGAACCGAAGGAAAAUGAUAUACCAACCAAAUGUAAUGUAUAUAGAAUGAUUAAUUCUUGGUUAGGCAUAUUAUACAUGGCUAAUCUCUGUAAUUCCGAAAUGCCUGUGAAAAAUACUAGAAAUAUUGAAGUGAUUUUACAUCAGUUGGAAGGUACAAACUGCACCCCAUUCACUUGGAUAGAUGUCUAUCAAACUUUAUACUUGGAAUACUUCUUAAUUAUGAAUAAAUUAAACGAAACAUCGAAUAUUCUUGAAAAAUGGAAAACGCAUCAUAAGUGUCAAAUAAAUGAAAGAAUUCCUAGUAGUAUUGAUUUAUCUCCACGAUUUCGAAUAUGUCUAAUAUGGUUAAAUCUAUCUAAACAUGUUGCUUCCAAAUUAAUGAAAAAUUCCGACGCAGAAACAACACCACAAUUAUCUAUUGAAAAUGAAAUUUUAGAUUUAUUAAAAACAAAUACUACCAUCAUACAUCAUUCAGCUCGUUAUCAAUAUUUAAUUGGAUAUGUAAUGAAAUUUUAUGCAAAUUCUAGUAAAACUUGUCCUCCUGUAACUACUAUGGAUUGUGAUAAACAAUCGGAAGAAGCAUUUACUCGUGGUAUACAAUUUGAUAAGUGUUAUUAUGCGAAUUAUUUACAGCUGGGUCAUAUACAUUUUAAAAUGGAGAAUUACAAAGAGGCAUUGAAAUUCUAUACUGAAGCCCAUCGUUUGAUGCCUGGUUCGGCAGUUUGUGCUUAUUACUAUUCAGUGGCAUUGUGUAGAGAAGAGGAAUGGGAGAAAGCGUUAGAUGCUUAUUCAUCUGUUGAUCAUACAGAUUUCACAAAAGAUAUGUGGCUUAAUUAUGGAUUAAUUAAUUUACGUUUGGGUCGAAUAUCUGAUUGUUUGCCAGCGUUACAACGUGUUGUUUUAGCUAAAAAUGAUGCAUUAUAUUGGGAAAUUUUGGGGGAAGCAUAUUUAUUACGUAAAAGUUUUGAGACAGCUGUGAAAGCUUUUCAUCGUGCUUUAGACACUAGGAAAAUUUUGAAAUUUAAAGAAUCAGACAAGCUGUAA